AUCUUGAUAACCCUUUCACUCACUCUCAGUAUUUAAGGGGCUGACAAUAUGCCACAUGCUUAAUUAUUAUUAUGGGUCAAUUGUCCUAGUUUCAAAGGUAAGGCUACACUUUCAGACCAAGAAAAAUGGGACUCCUUACCAUUUCCGCUGCAAAUAAGUUCCUCAUCAAUUGAUCAUCACACCUCUGCACCUUCUCAGUACAUAAGUUAUUUUUCGCAGGCCUAGGGGCAUCACCAAUAAAUCCAAGGCUUCAAAUGAAGAAGAGCCUCUUCCAUUAGAGUCAAUUAACACAUUGUCCAAAGCCUGGGUUUGGAGGGAUCACAAAGUAAAUUACUUCGUCUGUCAAGCGCGUGAGGGUUCCCCUUCUCGGCCUUCCAUACUUCUUGUUCAUGGAUUUGGGGCUUCCAUUGCCCAUUGGAGAAGAAAUGUCUCCACAUUGUCUCAAGACCACACAGUCUAUGCCGUUGAUCUUCUUGGCUUUGGUGCUUCAGACAAGCCGUUGGGGUACACAUAUAGCACAGAGAAAUGGCCCGAGUUAAUAUUGGAUUUCUUGAAUGAAGUAGUGGGUAAAAGGCCGACUGUGCUAAUCGGAAAUUCGAUUGGAAGUCUUGUUUGUGUAAUUUCUGCUGCUGCAGAUUCUCAACUUAUUAGAGGGAUUGUUCUGUUAAACUGUGCAGGAGGCAUGAACAACAAAGCAACAGUUGAUGAUUGGAGAAUCAAACUGUUGCUGCCUUUGUUAUUGCUUGUUGAUUUCUUGCUGAAACAAAAUGCCAUUGCUUCGGCCAUCUUUAGCCGCGUAAAGAAGCGCGAGAAUGUCCGAAAUAUCUUACUGUCUGUGUAUGGGAAUAAAGACUCGGUUGAUGAUGAAUUGGUUGAGAUAAUCAGGGGACCAGCGAAUGACGACGGGGCGCUUGAUGCUUUUGUUUCCAUUGUCACGGGGCCACCUGGUCCAAGCCCGGCAUUACUGGUCCCGCAGAUUGCGUUGCCCGUGUUAGUGUUAUGGGGCAAUCUUGAUCCGUUUACCCCCGUUGAUGGACCUGUUGGUAAAUUCUUCUCGUCCUUGCCAGCGAAGAUGCCGAAUGUGAAGUUUUUUGUUUUGGAAGGAGUUGGGCAUUGCCCUCAUGACGAUAGGCCUGAGCUUGUUCAUGAUCAGCUGCUUCUAUGGCUGGCCACUCUGCUUCCUUUGUUUGGCUUGCUAUUUAUAGGGAAAGAUGAGGGUUCCGGGCUGUGUUAGAGUUGGAGUUCAAAUGAAACGGUUCCCCCUGCACUCCUCGGGUGUUUCACGCUACGUAGGAGUCGCCGGUAAAGCCGUGCUCAUAUUUGGAAUUUGAAGUGGUUGAUAGACAUUCCCGUUCUUUUGUUGUUGAUCUCAAUGCCAAUGCAUGUACAUGUGGGGAGUUUCAAUUGUCUCAUUUUGUUUGCAUUCAUGCUGUUGCUGUUAUUGGUGUUCGACCUCACCUGUCGUGCUAUGAUUUUAUUUCUCCAUAUUACACACGCCACCAUUGGUAUUCUACUUGGAGUGUUGUUAUGCAUCCAAUUACAGACUCAUCAUCUUGGGUGGUUCCUUCCAAUCUUUUGAGCAUUUGCUGCAAGCCUCCCCUUUGUGAGAAAAGGUCAGCUGAUCGUUCGAGAAAGUCAAGGAUACCAUCUAUUGGUGAGCAUCGUGGGAAAAAACGGCAAAAAUGUUCUCGGUGCCAUGUUGUUGGUCACAAUAAGAAGACUUGUCGCAAUGUGAUACCACUACCUACUUCAUUAUGAUUCCAUUGAAUUCAAUACUUGUUAUUUUUGUUUUGGAUCAUUUUCUUAGGGCAUAUUAUACUACAGUGCCUUUUUUUUAAUACGUGUAAACUACUUAACAUUUGUGUUACUUUUUGUUUUUUUAAUGUCAAAUGUUUGCCAUUGAUUUUAA